CAAAACAGUAACAGUAUCCAACGAAGCAGAGUUCUUGUCAUUUUUCGUGCCAGAAGGAAGCUAAAACCUUCAUUCACGUUGACGCUUUCAAGCUUUGACUGAAAGAAUGGGUUUAAAUGGCGUCUUUGCAGCAAUUUGAUUCUGGGAUGUCGUUAUUCGUUCCUAUCUUUGUCAUUUUCUCGGGAAUCAUAUUUCCCUUUUGUGGAGGCUGUACAGGAGACGAAUACCGCGUUAUCGUGUUCGAGGAACCGAUACCAAAUAAGGCUAUUAGGGAUCAUGUGGUUAGUAGUGAGGAGGUACCUUAUGAAGGGGAUUGCCGUAUGCUGUGUUAUUUGGAGCCUAAUUGUGUCUCUAUCAAUGUAAGACCUUCAAAUGGAGGAAAAUACAAAUGUGAAUUAAAUAACGCCACAGCUGAGGAAAACCAACUCAUCUUUCUUCAAGAAAAGGAUUCUUACUACUUGGCGAUUGAGAAUCCCUGUGCUAACAAUCCUUGUUUGAAUGAGGGAAUUUGUCAAGUAGGUUUUACCACUAAAGGGUAUCGAUGUGUCUGUGUUCCCGGAUCUGCUGGGGCAAAUUGUGCUGUGUUAUCGAAAUCUUGCAGUGACUUGAAGAGGCUCGAUCCCAAGGCGAUAAGUGGAAACUUUUUGAUUGAUCCUGAUGGUGAAGGAGGAUUGACUCCUUACCAUGUCACCUGUGACAUGAGUGACAAAGACGGAGUGGGCGUGACAGUAAUAAGUCACGACAGCGAGAACAGGACAUUGGUGGACGGAUGUGAGCAUCCGGGCUGUUACUCACGUGACAUUCAUUAUACAGGAGCGACCUUUCCUCAGUUGGCAAGCCUAACCAGAAUUUCCUUAUUUUGUGAGCAGUUCAUAAAGUACGAGUGUCACGGUUCACUUUUUCAUGAUUGGCAGAACCAAACUCGCAACUGGUGGGUGUCACGUGAUUCUAUGGAUAUGGCUUAUUGGGGGGGAGCAGCACCUGAUAGUGACAAGUGCGCAUGCGGGAUGAAAGGCACGUGUGCAAAAAGGGGUGAUCGUUGUAACUGUGACAUGAAUGACCGUAAAUGGCGUGAGGACAGUGGUCUCCUCAAUGAAAAGACACAUCUACCAGUUAAACAGUUGCGGUUUGGUGAUGUCGAUGUUCACAAUGGGUUUGACGAGGUGGGCUACCAUACUUUGGGAAAGUUUAAGUGUUACGGAAUCGUCUGAUUAAAAAAAAAAAGAGAACAAAAAUCAAAUCACAUUUUUAAACAACAAUGCUUUUCUACUGGUAUAAAACUAAAACCGUAACUGAACUUUCGAAUCAGCAAAUCAGCAUCAAUCUACAUUUCCGAGUCACUGUUGUAACAACAUGCUGUGAUAGUACGAAGGUCAACCAUGGUAAGGGUUUAUUAUGUUCUGAUCAACCAUGCUAGAAACGAUUACAAGGUGUUUUUUGUCUUUGAGAAAUCAGAGUAUAUUCAUCACUCGAUAAAAUUAUGUAUUCUCUCAUUAAGUAAGAAAAUAUUUGACAAGGCUGUUCACCAUAGCCUGAGGCCUCAGCAGGUACUUGCGAGACAUGUUGCCACUGGUGAUACUUAAUUAGUAAAGAUAUGAAACUAAUUUCCUUUUCUCACCAUUUUCUAAGGGUGAUUCGCUGCAGCUUAGAGG